AUGCCCAAGACGAAGGUGCACCCCAACGCCGCCGACCCAGAGCACGCCGCGCCUGUCACGGUCGUCACGCCCGACGAGGAGCCGCCGCCCACGGUGCUGACGGUGUGGCGCAAGUCGCUGCUCUUCAACUGCGACGGCUUCACCGUCUACGAUGCCAGGGGCGACCUCGCCUUCCGCGUCGACUCCUACGACGCCUCCGGCCGCCGCCGCGCCGAGGUCGUGCUCAUGGACGCCAUGGGCACCCCGCUCCUGACCGUCCGCCGCAAGAGGAGGCUCGGCGUGCUGGCGGAGCGCUGGGUCAUCUACGACGGCGACGCCGCCGCGGACGCGGAGGCUGAGCGCAGCAACAGCAAGCCGCUCGUCUCCGUGCGCCGCCACAGAAGGGCGUCGUCGAAGGAGAAGGUGCUGGCCAACGUGACGCCCCUGCUAGCCUCCUCCUCGUCAGGCCGCGAGGCAUCGUACGUGGUGGAGGGCUCCUACGGGCGGCGGGCCUGCGUCGUGCGGGACCACGCGCGCAGGGACGCCGUGGUGGCCGAGGUCCGCCGGAAGGAGGCCGUGCUGGGGGACGACGUGUUUGGCCUGGUGGCGGACCCACGCCUGGGAGCGACGCUCGCCAUGGGCCUCGUCAUCGCCCUCGACGAGAUGUUCGCCAGAGGCCGGUCGUCCGCGCGGUCGUCGUCCCUGGCCCAGCUGCGCAGCAGGACAUGGUCGGUGUAG